GCCUCUAAAUCUUAGUGUAGUGCGGAAUCUGCAUUCACUUAGUUUUCAAAUGGAGUAAUUAACUUAGAAAUCUUUGGAGAUGUAGUGGAGAAAGAAAAUUUGUUUGCAUAAGUUGGUUAGCACUGUGACUGUUUGAAAGAUAAAUGGAUCGUGUUGCAAUUCAACAGAAAGUUGAGUGAAAUACAGCAUGAUUUUUUAGCUGUUUAACAUAUUGUGGCCUGUAAAUCAUUACGUAUUGCAGAAUCUACAUUCAUCUAGCUUUCAAAUGGCAUAUUUCAUAUAGAAAUCUGUUCAGAUGUAGUGGAGAAAAAAUUAUUUACAUGAGUUGGUUAGCACUGUGACCAGUUGAAAGACUGAAAUGGAUUGCAUUGCAAUUCAAUGGAAAGUAGAGUGAAAUAUGACAUGAUUUUUUAGCUGUUUAACAUAUUGUGGCCUGUAAAUCUGGAGAAUCUACAUUCACCUAGCUUUCAAAUAGUGCAUUUAACUCAGAAAUCUGUGGAGAUGUUGAUGAGAAAAAAUUAGUUACAUGAGUUGGUUAGCACUGGUGAAUUUAUGAACUUGUCUUGAUCAUGCUGUGACCUGACAGGCGGGAAACACGGCACAAGUUAGAAGUUAUUUUUUAAAAAAAACUCAAACAGACCUCAAAAUAACUAAGUUUUGACAAAUCUGCUUUUCCUUAACUACACAUUAACACAUUACAUUAAAAAUCCCCUCUAAAAAGAAAUAUUUUAGCUGAUAUGAAAAAGCAGUUUUAGACAUGUGCAGCUUAUGAUAUGUACUGUCCCUUUAACUCAAGUGACUCACUGAUGGCUAUUUUCUAAUGCCUGGUUGUUAAGCCAAUGCUUGAAUUCUGGUUUUUUUAACCUAACAAGUUUGUGAAAUCAGCAGUCAUUGCAUGCAUUCAAAAAGUAGAAUGUACUCUAAAGAUGUUUUGUUAACUUACUAAAAAUAAUAGUGAUAUCUGCUGAGUACUGAUUAUGUUUAAGAAGCUCACUGUAUAAAGAUAUCCAGAACUCUUGAGAUAUGAUUGUUUCUACAUCAACAAACAAUUCAAUUUUGUCUUCUCUUUAUAGUCCAGUGGAUCAGCAAAACAACUCAAGCCUACAGCACAAAAACAGAAAAUGUUUGAGGAAAUGAUACAAGAUAUGACAUCACUGUAUGCAGAUCUAGUCAAAGCAGCCUUUUUCCCAAGUACCCCAGCAGUUCUCACUGUGCCAGUCAAGGAAAAGCAAGUCUUGUGGUGCAGUCCAAUGGAUGGCAUGGGUGCAUGGCUGCCUUCAUGUGUUAGAUAUGUUAGGUCUUGUUUAGAGUCUCUACAUAAACUGUCUCUGCCACCACAAGCUCUGGACUGCAUUAAAAAGCUGGCUGGGGACCUUAGACUGCUCUGUGCCAAAGAAGUAUUCAAAGAAGCUAUUGAAGACAUCAAGUCCUUACAUUGCAAUGAGCUUUGGACUUUAGAGUUGCAGGAAAAUGUUGGCCGGAUUACAAGCCUGCCACUGAUGUUUGAAAACAUUGUUAUGGAAACACUUCAUAUGUUAAGGGAAAUAGCCAUAAGUGGAGACAUAGAGAAAAGGAAGGUAAAAAUGACUUAUCAAAUAGAAUUUCAUUUUACUAGCUAGAGGUAACCUGAUAUUACUAGGGGUGGUGAAUGGUAAAUGCAAGACUUUGCGAGACAGCGAGACCAG